GCUUUGUGACUAAAGUCACUUCUGUAAAAUUUUCUAUUCAAGUUGGGUAGUGCAGACUGAAUUAUUCUUGUUUGGGUUUAGGGAGUAUAUUUCUCCUCUUAUGCAAUAUUCAUCGAUCAUGACAAGCUUUAACAUAGAGAAACAAAUUGUUCUGAUAUAUUUAUGGUUGUGUUGGAGUACUACUACUAGUGUUUGUGCUAAUGCAACAAAUCAUAGUUUGAAGCCAGGUGAUACAUUGAAUUCCAAAUCCAAACUAUGUUCUAAACAAGGUAAGUAUUGUAUAUAUUUAAAACGAACAUUAGAUAGCGAAGAUGCUCACUUGUUCAUUGGUCUUAAUGCGGAUUAUGGUAAAGUAGUGUGGAUGCAUGAUAGAAAUCAUUCCAUUGACUUAAAUUCCGCAGUUCUAUCAUUAGACUACUCUGGUGUGCUCAAAAUAGAAUCUCAAAAUAGGAAAUUACCGAUUAUCAUUUACUCUUCGCCUCAUCCGACCAAUAAUACUGUCGCCACUAUGUUAGACACCGGUAACUUUGUGCUUCAAAAAAUUCACCCAAAUGGGACAAAGAAUAUAUUAUGGCAGAGUUUUGAUUAUCCCACAGCCACUUUGAUCCCAACAAUGAAGUUAGGUGUUAACCGAAAAACCGGACAUAAUUGGUCGUUGGUUUCAUGGUUGGCUCAUUCGCUACCAAAUUCAGGUGGAUUUAGUCUUGAAUGGGAACCUAAAGAAGGUGAAUUGAACAUCAAGCAACGCGGCAAAGUGUAUUGGAAAAGCGGAAAACGUAGACGCAAUGGUUUAUUCGAGAACAUUCCAGUGAAAGUUCAACGUGUGUAUCAAUACAUUAUUGUCUCUAACAAGGAUGAAGACUCCUUCACUUUCGAAAUCAAAGAUCAGAAUUAUAAGAUGUUCCAAGGGUGGGAACUAGUCUCAACGGGGACGUUAACGAGUAGUGAAGGAGAGAUUGCUAAUGCAGAUAAGUGUUAUGGAUAUAAUAAUGAUGAAGGGUGCCAAAAAUGGGAGGAUAUGCCAACUUGCAGGGAACGUGGUGAGGUCUUUCAAAAAAAGACAGGCAGACCCAACACCAGGGAAACCAUCCAAGACAAUGUGACUUAUGGUUAUAGUGACUGUAAGCUCAGUUGUUGGAGAAACUGUGACUGCAAUGGGUUCCAAGAAUUUUAUCGUAAUGGGACUGGAUGUAUAUUUUAUUCAUCAAAUUCGGAAAAAGAUGGUGAUUCAGAGUAUCCAGAUAGCUAUAACGUCAUGGUAAAGGCAACGCUAAAUCACCAUGGUAAAAACAGGUGGAUAUUGAUAGGUGCUGCAAUAGCAGCUGCUAUACUCAUAUUAUGCCCACUCCUUUUAUGUGUAGUCAAAAGGAAACAAAAAUAUGCGCGUAAAGAUAACAAAAGUAAAAGAAAGGAAGAUAAGAGCAAUGAUUUAGCGGAAUUCUACGAUAUCAAAGAUCUUGAAGAUGACUUCAAGGGACAUGAUAUAAAAGUUUUUAACUAUGCAUCAAUUUUGGAAGCAACUAUUGACUUUUCACCUGAAAACAAGUUAGGACAGGGAGGUUAUGGACCUGUUUAUAAGGGAAUUUUGCCAACAGGGCAAGAAAUUGCUGUAAAAAGACUUUCAAAAACAUCUCGACAAGGAAUUGUGGAAUUCAAAAAUGAAUUGGUACUUAUAUGUGAACUUCAGCACACAAAUCUUGUACAACUACUUGGUUGUUGCAUUCAUGAAGAAGAAAGGAUUCUAAUAUAUGAAUACAUGUCAAACAAAAGCUUGGAUUUCUAUCUAUUUGAUUCUACAAGAAGGAAAUGUCUAGAUUGGAAGAAGCGCUUGAACAUAAUAGAAGGAAUAUCUCAAGGAUUACUCUAUCUUCACAAGUACUCAAGACUCAAAAUCAUUCAUCGAGACUUGAAGGCUAGCAACAUACUUCUUGAUGAGAAUAUGAGCCCGAAAAUUUCUGAUUUUGGAAUGGCAAGAAUGUUUACACAGCAGGAGUCCGUAGUAAAUACCAACAGGAUUGUUGGGACAUAUGGAUACAUGUCUCCAGAGUAUGCCAUGGAAGGAAUCUGUUCAACAAAGUCUGAUGUUUAUAGCUUUGGUGUGCUGCUACUUGAAAUUAUUUGUGGUAGAAGAAACAAUAGCUUUUAUGAUGUUGAUCGCCCACUAAAUCUAAUAGGACAUGCAUGGGAGCUAUGGAAUGAUGGUGAGUAUCUACAGUUAAUGGAUCCAACAUUAGACAACACAUUUGUUCCUGAUGAAGUGCAGAGGUGCAUUCAUGUUGGUCUCUUAUGUGUAGAACAAUAUGCAAAUGAUCGUCCUACAAUGUCGGAUGUGAUAUCAAUGUUAGCAAACAAAUAUGAACUCACAACCUUACCAAGAAGACCGGCAUUUUAUGUUAGAAGAGAGAUCUUUGAAGGGGAAACAACUUCUAAACGUCUUGAUACUGACACCUAUUCCAUGACCGCAAUUUCCACUUCAUGUGAAGUGGAAGGAAAAAUAUAAAGUAAUCAAUAAAUAUUGUUAAUACACUCAUUUGAAUCAAAUGUUGUUCUUUGAAGUACCUAAAUAGUAAAUACCUUGUUUUCUAUA